GAAAGACUUGCCGAAAAGGGCACAGUAUCAAGUGCAACGCCGCAGCGUUCCAAUCCUUCUGGAUAUUUUUAAAGAUCGAAUUUAAUUUUGAAUACAUCAUGAAGUUUUUGGUGAUCGUUUUUGUGGCCUUCAUUGCAAUUGCCUCCGCUCUGCCACAAUUCGGACUUGGAGAAGGAUUUGGAGGAUUUGGAGGAUUCGGAGGAUUUGGUGGCCAACAGCAACAGCAGCAAGAAGGCUUCGGUGGAGGAUUCGGCGGAGGUUUCGAGCAGCAACAGCAACAGCAACAAGAAAGCUUUGGUGGAGGAUUCGGAGGUUUCGAGCAGCAACAGCAGCAGCAGCAAGGAGGCUUCUUCUAAAGUUAUUUCGUCAUUAAAUUAAUUAAAGAAUAUCUUAAGAAACAGUGUAUUAGUAUUUUUUAAAGAAUUUUCUUCAAUCAAAACUCUCAUGAGUUGAAAAGAUUAA